AUGUCUGACCGCCGCGAGAUACACUGCAGACCAUCAGCACUCGAGGAGGCCAUUGCAGCCAUCCACCACAAGCGCCGUGAAGCUCGCAUUCGGAUCUUGUUCGAAACGCAGGCUGCUUCUGGACCGAUCACAAGUAAGCGUAAGCUGCCGCUUCUUCGAGUCAUAUUGCACGACCGCGAAGACGUAAUCGCUCGUUUCGCCUCAUGGAUCACGUCUACCGGUGGACAGUUCUCUCGCAGCCUUGAGAAAGUGAUCUCACCUCCUCCGCGCAAAAGAUCCCUGCCCAAUGCACCAGCCACGACAAACGCACUACCGCAGCCAAGGCAGACACCCGACGGCAGAUUAGAAUCCGCGACCGAAGACAAGCUGUUUGGAAUGGUCGGUUCGAAAUUGUUGCACUCCAAUCCCUUACUCACAAUCAUCUUCUUGAUAUCUUUUGGGCAAUGCAUGUCUCCUGAUGAUCGAGUUAGUGUUGCGUCUUCUGCUCUGUAG